AUGGAGGUUGGUGGCGUUGCUGGCGACGAGGGUGGUCGCGCGAUGGUGGCGGAGCGACGCGGCAAGCCGCCACUGCCGUGCCGCCGCCGCAAGCCCCAACGCCGCUCCGUCAUCGGACAGCCACCAUCAUUCUCGCGCAUCCGCCAUCAUGCUGCACCGCCUUCGCCGGACCAUGCCGCCGUGAAGCUGCCGCCACCGCGAGACCAGACGCGAGUUCUCCGCCUUCGACAAUCGCGGUUCUGCCAUGGAUGUCGCUUUGCCGGUCACCACUCCGCCACCAUCUUCAUCAUGCAAAGCUCCUCUGAAAUCACCACCAUCAACCACCUUCUUCCACGGCCAAUAACCACAGCAACCGCGCAACCACCAAGGCCGUCGCCAUCAAACCAGCGAGCUCCUCCUCCAUUUGCGAAAGGGUCGCCGCUUUUGAAACCUCCAUCUCCAAGCCGCGCCGCAGAUCGCAACCUUCAACGCACAUCACCAUCAUCAGACCACGCUUCUCGCCGUCACCACCAUCGCGCCUCUGCAAAGUCGUGUCUCAACCACCUGCACUCAGAAAAUUCACACAGCAAAAAACCCAGAAAACCCAAUCGCGCCAUCAACAAACGGUGA